CGAAGAUUUGUUUUCAUUGAGUUGAUUGCUGAAGAAUGCCGCGAAAAAAACCUUUUAGCAACAAACAGAAGAAGAAGCAGCUGCAGGAAAAACGCGAAAAGAAACGUUUUCAAAAUCAGGGUAUGCCUUUGGGCUGUACAGUCUCAAAUACCCACUCUAUAUUAAUUUACUAGGUAGUGUCAGGCCAGGUGUUUUUCCAUUGAUAUUGUUUUCUUCAGUUUUCUUGAUAUGAAGCGUAUCUCAUUAAAAUAGACGAGCCAAGUAAGUCCUCGAACGACGGAAACUCUGCAGAUUCAGAAGGAGGAGAAGAAUCGGAGAUUGGAGAUAGAUCAUUGAAUUCUGAUAAAACUGUCAAACUACACAAUCAGCCUUUACGGCCAGAUGCACUCAAAAAACAUGAUCCAAACAGGUAGUUAAUAUAGUGUUUAUACGCUUAAUUCUAGUUUUAUUUCUUAUUAAUCAACCUGCAUAGUUACAGUGUGCCUACAUAGUGUACCCCACCCCUAUUACUUAGUAUUUCACCGUGACCUAACCCAGCUUUUCCGUGAGAAAGAUAUUAACACUGGCACUUCGGUUGGCACUUGAAGCACGAUUGGCCUCCCAGGGGGCGGGGGGAGGGGUGGUUGGUACUCCAGGGUUAAAGUGAAGGAGUCGCUCAAAGGAUUUUCCUGGGUUGGAAAUUUUCCAUUUUGGGUUGGAAAAUUUGGCAAGUAUUUUUUGACAUGCAAUGAUUUAGAUGGUUUUUUUGGGUUUUCAAAGUUUAACCCCCGAAAAUCCUUUGAUCAGCCCUGUCACUUUAAUUCUUGGAACCCCACUGGGUUAUACGUGUAUGUACCUCAAACAGCCCUAGCCCUAGCUCAUGAAUAAUUUGGGCUAGCAGACAAAGGAAAUAGGGAAUUAAACCUAAGUUAAAAAAUUUUAACCUGAAUUUAGUUUUGACCCGUAACAGUCAUAAUAGUCUUUAUAUUAUAUCUAGGUACCGUCUGCACUUUGAUCGUGAAUCUAAAGAUGAAAUUGAAGCAAGAAAAAAGGCAUCCCGAGAGCCUCUAGAAUAUGUUGCAGAGGUGCCAAGACCUUUCUACUACUAUUACUACUUAACUACUACUACUAUUACCACUACCACUACCACUCCACUACCACUACAACUACCAUUACCACUGCCACUACCUUUGCCACUAAUACUACUACCACUAUCACUAUUAUUAUUAUUAUUAUUAUUACUAUUAUCAUUAUUACUACUAUUGUUGUUGUUGUUAAGUCUCACAAACUUUAAGGCAACUACCUCUUUUUGCUUCACCAAAGUGUCAAACCGCUGUCUUUAUUUGUCUGGGCACUGACUUAAAGUACAGCCCAAUGGUUGAGCUUAUUAACUUUAAAUUACCCUGUCUAUUUAGGACCUUUUAAGAGCUUUUAAAAUGCCUAUUUCAUAAUCACAGAUUUUUUUUGUCAAAUGUAGGAAAGCCUUGAAGUGAGUUUAGAAACUAUAUACAAUCCUGGAUCAGGUCUGUGCUUCUUGUUAUUAUUUAACAAAAUCAUUGAAACAGUGGUUAUAUUUUAUGCAUGCAUAUUGACUUGAUUAUUAAAAUUUCAUAUUGUUUAUAUUUGUUGAUUGCCUGUAAAUUUAUGUCAGCAGUUCUUGAUGUGCCUAAACGUCCCCCAUGGAAGUACAGUAUGACAAAACAACAAGUGGAAAGAACUGAGGAGGAAAUGUUUGAAAACUUCUUGGAAAAAAUUUAUGAUGAAUACAAGCUGUCAGAAUUAAGUUACUUUGAACGUAACUUGGAGGUAAUCUUGACUAAUAAUACUAUAUUCUUACUGGUGGCAAUUAAAACUUGUCCAUCUAUUUUUGUCAGAAGGGGAAGAAUUUUGUAACAGUCAUGACUUUUCAAAAAGGCAAUCAUACAGUUACUCUAAUUAACAGCUGCUAAGAUGAAGAUUACUAAUUACAAUGUGUAUGGCAAUAUGUGAGACAUUACUGACUGGUUAAAACAUAAAGGGUGCCUUCUUUUAUGCGAACCAGGGUUGUCAGUAAGUUUUCAAGUUGCCGGGUAAAUGCAACAAGUAGGCGGAGAAUCAAACAGCUAGGGAUUUAGUUUGGUUCUAUUUUUUUUCUAUUUUCCUAUGAAAGCAGCCAGGGGCCACAUUCAUAGUAGCCAGGGGAAAUCCUCAGCCCCCGCCUCUUAAUGGCAGCCCUGCGAACGUUAAUCUCCUCACAACUCUUGGCUCUUUGAGCUAAAAACUAGAUCAAUAACACUCUUCAGUAGAUGUACCUUAAAGGAAAAACAUGCUUACUCUACAUGUACUUAUUAAUAAUAUAAUAUUCAAGUAUUGAUAGCUAUAGAUAGAAAUGGGGUAACAUGAGCUAGAACAUAUUAUGUGUUAGAGUGACAUGCUACAUUGUAUUUUUCAUUGUUUGUGUUAUACUGUAGACAUGGAGACAGUUGUGGAGAGUGUUAGAAGUUUCAGACAUUGUUGUCCUGAUCGCUGAUAUUCGAAAUCCCGUAAGUGAAGCUUGACAGGUAGUAAUGUGAUUUUUGUUUAUUAUUUGUCAUUAUUAGUUUCACCAUGGCUCCCCAUAAUCAAUGUAUAAUAUUUUUGGAACAGAGAUUUGUUUUAUAGAAAUUGAGUAAAGCCAUUUAAGCUGCUUCUCUCUCACAAUUCCCAACAUUAAACUAAUUUCUUAUUUUUCAGGAAUGUUCAAAACAUUAACUUAAUUCUCUUGGGUUUCUCUGUUUUAUACUUUCUCUGUUUUAAAGAUUUCUUUUGUAUAACAUGGGUCUGCAAGUCAAAUAUUCUUGUUUUUUUUUAUUUUUAGUUUAAGAGUCUCACAGUGUAGCAUUGAUUGUAUGUAUCUUCUUUAAUAGGUUCUUCAUUUUCCUCCCACACUCUACAAUCAUGUUGUGAAGGACUUGAAAAAGAAGUUAGUGCUGGUCUUAAACAAGGUACUGAAAAUUACUGAUGUCUGAAUCUACAAUGAGGCCAAGACAUAAGGCGAUUACCAAAAGGCUGAAAUGGCAUGCUGGAGUAGUCGUUUUGAAAGUGAAGUACCUUAAAUCCUCUAUUGGCCCCCCCUCAAAUAUGCCACCUCCCUCUAAUAAGCCUCCCCCUUUCAAGGGAAGAAAGUCAAUAAGCCCCCCUCCCCCUCCCCUAUUUAUUCUUCUCUAAUAAAUGAUAGACUAUAUUAAUCAACCACGACUGUAAAACUUUGUGUGGACUGGUCCGGGAUGGUUUAUUUACCUACUGAAAGAUGGGAUUUGAUUCUGAUCCUCUGCUGCAUGACCUAAAAAUUCUUGUACUUGAGCUUUUCCACUUUGUAAUCUUGUUCUUUAUGGGGAACUCAUACCAUCGUCGUUUGGGUUUCUGUGCUUUGUUUACCAAACCACAGUAAUUUUGUUAUGGGAAAUACAGUUAUAUCUAGAUUAACAUGUGGUUUAAAGCCUUAAGGAUUAGAAAUAUACAUUUUAUCAUUAGAAGCUGUCAAUUAUUAGUAGAGGCUGUAAAUAAAAAUUUUGUCUGUUACUUUUGAUGGAAGCAGCUUUCCACUACUGGCUUUGCUCACCCUCUCAAAAUAUAAACCUUGGUUUUACAAUAAUGUACUAUAAAGUAACUUAUUGGUGUUGGAAGGCCAAACUUUUUUGUCAACAUUUUUACAGAUAGAUCUUGUCCCUCCAGAAGUAGUGACAGCUUGGAAACACUACUAUUCAACCAAGUUUGAAGAGCUGAAUGUUGUUUGUUUCACCUCAUUUCCCAAAGAUGAGAGUGAACGCAAGAGAGAACCAGGCAAAGGUACUCUUAUGUAGAAAUACCUUAUUAAUAGCAAUCUACUAAUUAUAGAAAGACUUUUGUCUCUUUGGUUCAAUGUUCUGUUUGUAUGAUUAAAAUUGGUAUGCAAAAUUUGGUAAUUAAAAAAAAAAGUAAUAAUAAUGAAAAAUGAAACGAAAAGAAGAGAAAAAAGAAGCGAAAUGAGCAAAGAAUAGGCUGUUCCAGGCUUUCAUACAGUGAUGACGGUGUAAAGAGAAUCGAGCAGGAAAAAGAGAUGAUCUCUUGGCAGAAAAAAAAACUUUGGUGAAGGCGGGGAGGGGGCUAGGGUAAUUUUGUAGUAUUUUCUUCGCGUUUUAUAAUAUUGUAGGAUAAUGUAUUUUUUAGUACAUACAUGGAGGAAUGACUUUAAAAAAAAUUGCAAGUCUUACAAGGGUCAGGGUAAUGUAUUUUUUAGUAUAGACUUAGGAGGAAUGACUUUAAAAAAAUCGCAAUUCUUACAAAGUUACAAGAUUAAGGGUCAACGAAAACUUAUUUUUGACAAUUGUUAUGUAAGAUUAACCUGGCAUUUAGUGAUACAUGUGUAUUUGAUUUUUUUAAAACAGUUUUAUCAAAGCGUCGCCGUCGUAAGAGAUGUUUCUUUCCUGUUGGACCAAGAGCACUUCUUGAAGCGUGUGAGAGAUUGUGGGGAACGGAACGUAUGUGCACCAAAAAAAAUCUCUAUGUAAAUUGCUUUACGUUAUCACUGUUGGUCCUGCAACUUACUUUCUAUUUAAUUUCUUUAAGUUGAUUUUAGCAGCUGGCAUAGAAAAAUUAAUGAACAGGAAAAAGGUGAAGACGAAGGAAUUCUUUAUGAUGAUUAUGGCAGCUCUGAAGAAUCUGAAGGUAUUGUCUGCUUGAUAAUUUUUAUCACUAGUGCUUUUCUUUUGUUCAGUAUGACUUCUGUAAAGAUUUUGUUCAUUUAUUCUUGACAUUUAAAAAAUAUACGUUAAUUUUUUUUGUUCCGUGGCUGUUGAAUUUCCAGCAGUUUUCUUCGUUUUAUAGAAGAGGAAGGCAGUGGCUUUGAAGACGUUGAGCACAACGAAGACAUCCUAACUCUAGGGCUAGUGGGUGAGUUUUCUUCUGCUGUAACUAUUUUCAUGUAAUCUGGAAAAUCUUGAGCCCGUUUGGCGAAUCAGUAAAAGAACAGCACGCAUUUUACGACGGAUAGAUGUGUGCAGUAAAGGACAGUCGUUCACAGUCUUCGGUCCACUUUCGGUUCUUUCACCACUAAUUAUUUAAGCUGUGUUGGUUUUCCUGCCGAGAGUUCCCUUUAUUUGGAAAGAUCCUUGUUUGGUUGACCUAUUGGAUGAAAGUAAGCAAGAGAAGUCCAAGAGAAUGUUUCCGUCAUUAUGCUUGUAUGCUCCGUUAAACCAACGGUAAAAGCCGCGCCCGGUUGUCUUUGUUUGCCAAACCAAUCAAAUUGCUUCUUUCCGCUCACUCUUCGUUGUCGUUAGGCUCACGCGUAAUUAAUAAACUUUAUGCGACAUCUCUCAUAAGGGUAUUGGUAGAAUGACCUUGUCCAGUGUUACUACGAGCACUACUUAUCUCGCGAUCUACAUAAUUUCUUAUGCGCCUGCCACACGGCUUAAGUUGUUGCUUUCAAUGUCACUGGCUUUUCAGAGUGUGUCAAAAUACCAGACUAUAAAAAUAUAAAUAAACGUACUGGAUUACACUUAAUGGUGAAACACUAACGGUUAAACACUAACAGAAUGGUUAAACUGACACUAACGUUUCUUUCAUUCUAGGCCAUCCAAAUGUUGGAAAAUCGUCAGUCUUGAAUGGACUUGUUGGACACAAGGUAAGUAAGAACUGUCUUUGAGGUUUUGCAUGUUGUUUGGAUUUUUUCGUUGGAAGGGGUAAAUUAGGAGAAGAUGGACCCUCAGUCACAGGAAGAUAAAACACCGCGAGAGGAAUCCUCAGUCGGCGGGUAAAAGAAGGGAAAAAAUGAUAUGAAUUUUCUGUUUGUUUGUUUGUUUUUUUUUUUGUAGUAGGAAUUUCCUUCUCUCAAUUUUCCUUUGAUGAAACUAGCAAUCAGCUCGUGCGCUUAUGAACCAGCUUUAAGAAAAACUGCUUGCCAUCCUUUUGUUGGAAAACCGCGCAUGAAAGUUUCUUGCACCCAGGGUAGUUGUUGGGUGUCCUGUGCUGUUUUAUUAUUAUUAUAUUUUGUCUCAUCGUCAGGUUGUGAGUACAUCCCGUACUCCUGGUCACACAAAGCAUUUUCAAACCAUAUUUCUAACGCCGAAUGUAAGACUGUGCGAUUGUCCUGGACUGGUGUUUCCGUCCAUUGUUAGCAAACAGUUACAGGUAAAGCGUCAGACAGAUAAGUAUUAAGUCGCUACGUUGGAAAUUCAGGUUGUUUACCAUUUACAAAAAGUUUCCGGAAAAUCCGGUUAGAAAGUAAAUGGAAAACGACUUUUUGGGUCGUUCCAGCGGAAAAUUUCUGGGAGAAACGGAACGUCUGGAAAGGUAGUCCUGUUUUUCCGAACUGAAUGUUACAACUAAAUUCGUGUUAUAUUUCUUCAAGGCCUAUCCUUGGUGCCAGAGGGUUUUUUUUCCUGUUGUUUGCAGCGAAAAUUGAGCGGCCGUGACGAGCGUGACGACUGGUUUGCGCUCGUCACGAUCACGGCUUGGCCGCUCAGUUCUCGCCAAAAACAACAGGAAAAAAACCCUCUGGCACCCAGGGUAUUCAAAGCCAUCCUUGAUACCAGUUUGAGGCCUUCGCGGUUGUUGUUUGGUGAAUGGAACUGAUUUGUACAAAUAGUAAACGCGAUUCCGGUAUGAAAUUUACCAGCUCUUAAUUUUGCGCACCAUUUUCCUAAAUCGUGGACCGACCGGUUUGUCCAUGUAAAUGGUAAAUAACUACAGUUGAAGUUUUUUUUCAUCAAGUCCAGUGACCCACUAAGUCAACAAGGCACUGGUCACUAGUCACUCUCAGAGCAAACUAUGGCGAGAUGGUGUUUGGUACCUCUAACUUUUAACUUUGUAGUGACGAAAUCCUGUGCUGUUACCAUUGAAAUGAAACCCCUUGAGCAGAACGUUUGUAUAGUACUACUAAUUUCUCAGGAUUGUACAAUUUGAUUUGAUCUGAUUUUUUUGUGAACUUUUAACUUUGGCCGCUAUCAGAACUGAAAGGGUUAAGAUAACCCACCAAUAAAGGUAUCUUGGGGUCUUAUGGUUAUCUUACUCCCACUGCGUCCUCAGUAAGAGCUCGUUUAAUUAUAACGGCCAUUAUAGUUUAGUCAAAAGCUUAUAUUCUUUCACCUCAAUACAGCAGUCAUCCUUUACUCAUUUAGUUUAAACACUGACUGAAAACUCAGUGAGGCAAAAAGUGUUAACCGUGACAAUUUUUCAAUACUGUUGUGCUGCACCUUUUGCAACUUUCCUGUGAAGUUUUAGCAGGAGCUGUCCACAUCACGAACUCACUUCAGUUCACAGUAUCAUUUUUUAUGGUAUCUUUUGUUUAGAUCCUGUCUGGAAUGUAUCCGAUCUCCCAAGUUCAGGAACCCUACAGUGUCGUGGGAUAUUUAGCUGCCAGGGUACCCCUGGUACACCUACUACAGCUGGUCCACCCAGCGAAUAGAGAAGACUCAGAUGGGAAGGGAGGGAUGGCGGCUGGAGAACAUCCCUGGUCUGCUUGGGACCUUUGUGACGGUAAGAAAGAGCGGCAUUAAUUUAACAUUUUUGCCUACAUACCGUGAAAAAUUUUAGGCUCUUAGUUUUAAGUGAUACUGAAACAGUUACUCACGCGUAUAUUGCGAGUACUAGGGACUUUAAGCAAAUCACUACGGCGACCUCUACUACGGCGGUGGUGGAUGUGGAGUCCUGGGGAGAGUACAUCACCGUAGCCUGCCAGAUUUCAACGUUAAGCCGAGCGGCACCCAAACAGUGACUACGGGGUUUCUCGCUCAUUCGCUUUCGCUGCUGGUGAAACGCAGGGAAGACGUAAUUACUGGAAAACCAGAAACGUUACAUACUUUCUUGAUAAAGUGCAAAAUAAUCUGUGAUAGGUUUAAAAAAAAAAAGAUUGUGAAAAAAAGCGAAAAGUCGAGUUUUAUAGUCACGUAGUAGUGACUACGCCACAAGACAGGUCUUCACGUUAUAGGAUUUUGCACUACGGCGGAAGGUUAUUUCCAAGCAGGCGCACUGCGUCAUUUUUGGGCUUUUUUACUUUCGGCCGCCGUAGUAGAAGGUCGCCGUAGCGAUUUGCUUAAUGUCCCUACUGUCUUUGUCACGGUGGUGUAGGUCACGACAUGAUAAGGCAACCUCGUUCUCAGGGUUCUCUCCUACCCGUCCCCACGGAGCGAGAGAGAUAAGCUUACCUACUCGAUGAACCAAAAGUUGGCUGCCUUUAGGUAAGGUCAGUUAUGACUGAAAUGAAAAAUACGAGCCUUCUCUGGUUUCUUGUGGCAUACGUUUAUUAUUUACGGACCAAAAGAGGAAAAAGUACAGAACAGCUAUCCUUGGCUGAUAAUACCAAGACGCACUAUAUUCUGAGGCAGAUUUAUGAGUAGAGCUUGUCUUCGAUUAACCGCAGCACAUAUGUACGGCAUUUUGACUAACUGAACGUAAAUAACUGUUCGUAAAUCAGCCAAGUGGGACUCUUCAUCUCGUACAGAGGAUCCAUUACUUGGAACUUGUUUUGGAUCCCUCCAUGGCUUGCACAAGAGCCUAUGCUAAAAUGGCCAUUAACUCUCUAGCCCUCAAAAAUCUCAAUUUCUCAGCUGAAUCAUCCCAAAUGAAACCUUAACGACAGGUAUUUCGUCUUUGUUGACAAAUAAUUAAUUACUACAUGAUCCUAUAUUCAUCUAGGCUGUUUAUUAGUAUACGAUCACCUAUAUUCUCAUACUUUUAUAGUUGCUUUUGAUAGCACAAGGAUUUUAGUCUUUUUUACUUUUAAUUGUAGGGUAUAAUUUUGUUCUUUUUUGUAAUUAGGAUAUGUUUUUAAUUAAUAUGUGCACUGGUCCAUAAGCUGUACUAGCUUUAAUUUUAACCGUGUUUAAAUAAAAGUUGGUGUUGCUUUAUUGAAAAAGUCACCAAAGAAAGGUUGAAAGAAGAUGUUAGAACGACAGUCCUUCGCCAGUCAGCGAAAAUCAUGUGGGCAUAGCCUAAACUAAUUGUUGUGUCUUCUUCGCUUAUUUGUACUUGUUUUCGUACUUCCUUUUGGUAUCGUUGAGCUUGGCUCAAAACUUAUUUUCCUUCAGCCUGGGCCCAUAAACGAGGCUUCAUGACAGCGAAGGCCGGACGUCCCGAUGUCUACCGUGCAGGUAAGCAACGUCCUGUGUAUUUUGAGAGGUGGGAAGUCCCACAGUUUCCAGGCGUUCAGACAGUGGGGAGGGCACGAAAAAAAGAAUGAAGCAGGAAAAAAAGCAUAGGGAACUGGGGGAGAGGGCGGGGAAGUCUGUCUCUCGUGUCUCUAAAUCCUUAUUUUGCGUGGCUCCCUGGCAUCUGAUCCUUAAGAACAGGCUACCCACCUUGGACCAUCUGAGUACCCAAAUUAUUUUGUUAAUACACUGCCAUAAGUCGCACUGUGUUCUAGGCUAAGCGGAAGAGGCGACCACUGAUUUUUGAUCAGUUUCUUAUAGCCUGGUGUUUAAUAUCAACGCAAACACAAGCUCAAGCUUGAGUGCAAGCAUAAACCUGCUUCUUUCACAGUGAAAAUGGCAGUUCAAAGAUCAAAAUUCUCCCUUUUCUUGAAGUUGGGAUUGUGCUGAUGUUAUCGCGCUUGUUUGUAUUCACUUGACUCGAGACCCCUCUGCUUGUGCAUGUGUUUGUGCUAGGCUAACCUUCGAUCAAGCGAUCCUUCUUCCUUUUUUCUCCGGUCGUCCGACGAAUUUCGCGCUUCUCCGAAAAGAAAAAGGAAAGAGCUCCUGAUAGCAGCUUAGUGUUAUGCUUGCGUUACACUGAAGGUAAACAUACACAAUAUCAAUUCCUUGUGUCAUCUGUUAGCCUGCGAUCAUGCCCUCCCUGUAUCUCUAUGGCAGUCGUGAGAAGGAGGGCUUUCUUUUUCCCCUCUCUUCUCCAAAAAAAAAACAUCGCCUGGUCGCAGGUAAAACGGGCAGCAAAACGUGUAAUGUGUUUUGCAAUAUUGCUGCCAAACGAAUUGAAAAGCGGUGUUGCGCGUUUUACCACCAACGUUCGAACCUAUCUUGCGACAAAUCAGGUUGUUGCAGAUUGCGGAAGUAGUUGCAAAAUGUAGAGAGUAGUUCUACUUUUUGCAACAAAUUCUGUACAUUUUGCGCGUUUUACGGGCCCAAGGCAAACUUGCAUGGCAGCGAGUGACGUGAUUCGCGCGUAAUUUUAUCCAAUUAGAAGUCAGUAUUCACGCAACUUGCAACAACCUGAUUUUUUACAAGAGAGGUUUGAACGUGGUUGGUAAAACACGCCCAACAUUGCAUUUCAACUCGUGUUACAACAAUGUCGCAAAACAAUUUGCAUGUUUUUUUCUCUGAUUUACCGAUUGCCGUCCCCGGAGAUGGAUAAUUCGUUUAGAUAUAAAUCUGUUGCUGUGUCAGUUAUGUGAUACUUGUCAGCGGACACCUUUUUUAAAGCUAUGAAUUGACCAUAACGUGGAUGUCCAUUAAAAUGUUUCCUCACAACCAAAAAUUUCUUGGAUGCAUGUACAACCCAAUUUUAUUAUCCAUGGUAUUCUGUUGCGUGCGUUUCGCGCGAGAGGGAGCUCCGAUAAAACAGGUAAAAUGCUUGGAUUUAACGAUUGACUUAAGCUUGUUUUGAUUACCUUUUCAUGGAGUCUAUUUUUCCCUUCUAUUUAGCGAAUAGUCUCUUGAGACUGGCUGUGGAUGGGAAGGUAGUGAUGUGCGUUUACCCUCCGAGUUUUAUCUCUAAACGAGGUCAGUUCAGUAGAUUUUAAAUGUAAAGAAAACUGUUACGUUCCAAAGAGAAUGCUUUCCAGUGUAGCUCAUCUAGCAAAUGGCUACUCUUUCUAUCGGCCUGGAGGUGCAGCCGCAAUAAAUAAUAAUCCUGAGUCUCAAAAUUUAAUAGCAAGUUUAGGAGCCCCAUUAAGACUCUACUCGGUUGUCAACUUAUUUAACUAGAAAUACUAAGGAAGCCAAGAGAAGCCUGCGUAGCUGGUGAUUUUCUCUAGUUAAAGAAGUGCGCACGAAGCGAGUGCGACCUUCUUCUCGCGGCUUCACCACUUAGGGUUGUACAUAAAGAAAUUUCUAAAUAAAAAAAUUAUCGUCAUACUUAACUGUGUUGGAACAAGGUCUCUUUAGGGGUUAAGUAGAACUCGAGCUACGCUCAGAUUGUUCUUCUUUAGGGCAUCCCCGUAUCUCUCACUUGGGAGUUCCUUCCUGGGUCAAAUAGACUUUGCUCUAACUUAAGGCCUAUACCCCUUUCUUUCAAAAGUGCGAGACAAACGCAGAACACUUUUUCGCAAGGGUUUAAAAAUACGGCCGCUGGCAUGGUUGGCGCAAGCUCCUGGUGUUUUGAAGUGCUAUCUCAAACUGACUUGCUUUUGCUUACAUAAUCGUUAAUAAACGAGUGUACUUUCCGAGAUUCAAGUUACGCAGUUUAUAUCGACUGUCAUUAGCCAAUGGUGUUUGAGUAUAUGUUUUCAACAUAUUUAUCAUUCUUUUCUACUUUUUGACAGCUGAGUGGCAGCAGCAUUCCGAAACAAAGGAGAUAGCUAUUCUACAAGAAAGGCACUCGGAAAGUAGAAGAUUGCGGCAUCAGGAAAACGAGGCAGAUGAGUUGUCUACUCAUCUGCUUGCCCCUCCUGGAAAAGGCCACAGAGAUGAGAGACCAAGUAGUGACGGAGAUGAUGAACAGGAGGGAGAGGAAAGUGAGGUCGUUUGCACCAACCCAUUUGCCCUUUUAUCUGACGAGUGA